AAGCAGCGUUAGCGCUGUUAUAAGUGGUUUUCGGGUUGGCGCCUUCACUUUUAACUGUGGUGGUCGUUCGGCGUCUCUUUACGCUGCAGCGUAAUAACCGGGAUACAAAGCGCCUAAAAUUUGUAACAAGUGUCACCAGCCGAGAAGAAAUAUCUUUAACGACUGACUGAAAGAACAACUGCCGUCAACAUGUUCGUGAUAAAACGAGAUGGCCGUCAGGAGAGAGUCACUUUUGAUAAAAUCACCUCUCGCAUUCAGAAGCUUGGCUAUGGACUCAACUCCGACUUUGUGGACGCUACCCAAAUCACAAUGAAGGUGAUCCAGGGUCUUUACAGUGGAGUGACCACUGUGGAACUGGACACUCUGGCAGCAGAAACCUCUGCCACCCUCACCACCAAACAUCCUGACUAUGCAAUCCUCGCUGCAAGGAUAGCUGUGUCUAACCUGCAUAAAGAGACCAAGAAAGUAUUCAGCGAUGUGAUGGAUGACCUGUACGCCUACGUCAACCCAUUAAAUAAGCGCCAUUCUCCAAUGAUCUCCAAGGAGACGCUGGACAUUGUCCUGGAAAACAAGGCUCGCCUCAACUCAGCCAUCAUUUACGACAGAGACUUCUCUUACAACUUCUUUGGGUUUAAGACUCUUGAGCGAUCCUAUUUGUUGAAGAUUAAUGGCAAAGUUGCUGAGAGACCUCAGCACAUGCUAAUGAGAGUGGCUGUCGGCAUCCAUGGACGAGACAUUGAUGCAGCCAUUGAGACCUAUAAUUUACUGUCGGAGAAGUGGUUCACCCAUGCGUCACCCACACUGUUCAAUGCUGGCACCAACAAGCCACAGCUGUCCAGUUGUUUCUUGCUCACCAUGAAGGACGACAGCAUCGAGGGUAUUUACGACACACUGAAGCAGUGUGCCCUUAUCUCCAAAUCAGCUGGCGGCAUUGGCUUAGCAGUGAGCUGUAUCCGAUCAACAGGCAGCUACAUUGCUGGGACAAAUGGCUCCUCCAAUGGGCUGGUUCCUAUGCUUCGAGUGUACAACAACACUGCACGUUAUGUUGACCAGGGUGGAAACAAGAGACCUGGAGCCUUCGCUGUGUACCUGGAGCCGUGGCAUUUCGAUGUGUUUGACUUCUUAGAGUUGAAGAAGAACACGGGUAAAGAGGAGCAGAGGGCCAGAGACCUGUUCUUCGCUCUGUGGAUCCCAGACCUCUUCAUGAAGCGUGUGGAAAGCAAUCAGGACUGGUCUCUGAUGUGUCCCGGUGAGUGUCCUGGGUUAGAAGAUUGCUGGGGAAAGGAAUUUGAAGAACUAUACACAAAAUAUGAAAAGGAGGGACGGGCCAAGCGUGUGGUGAAGGCUCAGCAGGUGUGGUACGCCAUCAUCGAGUCACAGACGGAGACGGGGACGCCGUACAUGCUGUACAAGGACGCGUGCAAUGGGAAGAGCAACCAGCAGAAUCUGGGCACCAUCAAAUCCAGCAAUCUGUGCACAGAGAUAGUCGAGUACACCAGCGAGGAUGAGGUUGCGGUGUGUAACCUGGCAUCCAUCGCACUCAACAUGUACGUCACUCCAGAAAAGACCUUUGACUUUAAAAAGCUUGCUGCCGUCACCAAAGUCAUCGUCAAAAACCUGAACAAGAUUAUUGAAAUCAACUACUAUCCAGUGCCUGAGGCGGAAAGGUCAAACAAACGUCACAGGCCAAUUGGAAUCGGUGUGCAGGGUCUGGCUGAUGCCUUCAUCCUCAUGCGAUAUCCAUUUGAAAGCCCAGAGGCCCAGUUGCUGAACAUUCAGAUCUUUGAGACCAUCUACUACUCUGCACUGGAGGCCAGCUGUGAGCUGGCAGAGAAGCUCGGCCCUUACCAAACCUACGCCGGUUCUCCUGUCAGCAAGGGAAUCCUUCAGUUUGAUAUGUGGGGUAAAACACCAACAGAUUUGUUGGACUGGAGCGCACUGAAGGAGAAAAUUGCAAAACAUGGCGUGAGGAACAGUCUGCUCAUGGCCCCGAUGCCAACAGCCUCCACUGCCCAGAUCCUCGGGAACAACGAGUCGAUUGAGGCGUACACCAGCAACAUCUACACCCGCAGGGUGCUCUCAGGAGAGUUUCAGAUUGUAAAUCCUCACCUGCUGAAGGACCUCACAGAGAGAGGACUGUGGAGUGAUGAAAUGAAGAACCAGCUGAUCGCUCAGAACGGCUCCAUCCAGGAUAUUGCAGAGAUUCCUGACGAUCUGAAGCAGCUGUAUAAAACUGUGUGGGAAAUCUCCCAGAAGACUGUGCUGAAGAUGGCUGCCGAUCGCGGCGCCUACAUUGACCAGAGCCAGUCACUCAACAUCCACAUUGCUGAGCCAAACUAUGGCAAACUAACCAGCAUGCACUUUUAUGGUUGGAAGUUGGGCCUGAAAACUGGCAUGUAUUACCUGCGGACGAAACCCGCCGCCAAGCCCAUUCAGUUCACACUGAACAAGGAGAAACUAAAGGAGGCCCAGUCUGGCAAGAGUGUGGAGGAGGAGACCAAAGAGCAAAACACUGCUGCCAUGGUUUGUUCCUUAGCAAACAAAGACGAGUGCCUGAUGUGUGGCUCGUAACGCUUCCAAGUGCACUUUCUAUAAAUACCUGUCUGAACCACAGCUCUUUCACAUCAAGCAUGGGAUUUUUUUUAUUUGUAUAUGAUGUCAUCACAAUGGUUUUCUUACAUAUCCGCUACCUUCUGUGCAGUCUUUAUUUAAAUUUUUCUGAAUUUUCCUCAUGAUGUGUCUCGACAAGGGUGCAAAGAAUUAAGGGGUGUGUCACCCUUGUUGUUUUUAUAAAUUCAUUGUUGUAAUAAGUGGGUCACACAUUCAUAAUCAUCAAGGUGGUUUGUCUUUUUUAUAAGGUGUAUGGAAAAUGUAAUUCUUUUGUAUAAAUGAAGUCUAUGGAUGUCACGAUUA